AUCACCAUUAUGCAAGACGACGACGUUGCCGCUCUUGUCUUUGACAACGGGUCUGGAAUGUGCAAAGCAGGUUUUGCCGGAGACGAUGCCCCACGAGCUGUUUUUCCGUCCAUUACGGGAUUACCUAGAUACCAAAAUGUGAUGAUCGGUAUGGGCGCUAGGGACAGCUACGUCGGAGAUGAAGCCCAGUCCAAGAGAGGCAUACUGACACUCAAGUAUCCAAUAGCUCACGGGAUAGUCACCAACUGGGAUGACAUGGAGAAGAUCUGGCACCACACCUUCUACAACGAGCUUCGCGUCGUCCCCGAGGAACACCCAAUCCUGCUGACAGAGGCUCCCCUCAACCCCAAGUCCAACAGAGAGAAGAUGACGCAGAUUAUGUUCGAAACCUUCAACUCCCCGGCCAUGUAUGUUGCCAUCCAGGCUGUUCUGUCUCUCUAUGCCUCCGGGCGUACCACGGGCAUUGUCUUGGACUCGGGGGACGGAGUCACUCACACUGUGCCCAUCUACGAGGGUUAUGCCCUGCCUCACGCCAUCGCCAGGCUCGACUUUGCUGGACGCGAUCUCACACACUACCUCGCCAAGAUCCUGACCGAGCGCGGCUAUUCCUUCACAUCCACGGCAGAGACAGAGAUCGUGAGAGACAUCAAGGAAAAGCUGUGCUAUGUCGCCUUGGACUUUGAGCAGGAGAUGAACACCGCAGCUCUGUCUUCUACACUGGAAAAAAGCUACGAGUUGCCAGAUGGCCAGGUGAUCACCAUUGGCAACGAGAGAUUCAGGAGUCCGGAGUCAGUAUUCCAGCCAUCUUUUCUUGGUCUGGAGUCUCCUGGCAUCCACGAGACUACGUACAAUUCCAUCAUGAAGUGCGAUGUUGACAUCAGGAGAGACCUGUACCACAACACCGUCCUCUCGGGCGGUUCCACGAUGUUUCCCGGCAUUGCAGACAGAAUGCAGAAGGAAAUCUGCAGCCUUGCUCCCAGUACCAUGAAGAUUAAAGUAAUUGCACCUCCAGAGAGAAAGUAUUCAGUCUGGAUUGGAGGUUCUAUUCUGGCGUCUCUGUCUACAUUCCAACAGAUGUGGAUAAGCAAACAAGAGUACGAUGAGUCUGGUCCGGCCAUUGUACAUAGGAAGUGCUUUUAAUAAUCCAGCGACAAGAUUGGACCGACGUAACCCGCAAGAGAUCACAUACCUGUCUAAUUAUUGCUACCAAGACUUGUUUUGACAGAUGGUUUGACAGAGAAUCACGUAUGAACAUAUAUACGUAGCACCAUAUAUGGCACAAGAAACUCUAAUACAGAAUCAUAUUUAUUUGUCGUUAUUUUUAAAUUUUAUGCUCCAUGGUAAUGGUUUUUCAUAUAAAAUUUAAAUAAACAAUACAAGUGUUAGCACAAACAGUA